AAGAAACAUUAGCUGCCCACCAUCAUGAAUAACCAGCGACUCCCGUGCACGUCACAGUCUCGCGCAUCAACCUCUUCGUCAUACCCGUCCUACUCGUAUGAUGAAUCUACGACUACUAGUACGUCGCAGCCGCGUCUCGAAAGGAGCGGUGCUAGACGUCCCAGUACCGGCCGUCCACGCACUGGAGCCUCGACGCUCGCUCGUAUCGAAGCACAGCAGGUAGUGUGUGCCAUUAGUGAAUCCAGAGGUGUCUCUCCUACUGUCGGUCUCGCCUUUGUCAACCUGGACACUGCCGAAGCUGUUUUGUGUCAGAUCUGCGACAGCCAGACAUAUGUUCGAACCAUUCACAAGCUUCGUGUCUACAGACCGUCCGAAAUUCUCAUCGUCUCCACCGCUGCUAACCCAAAGUCAAAAUUGUUCGCCAUAAUUGAAGAAAACCUGGUUGUGCUUGAGAGCAAAAUUACCCUGCUCGACCGACGCUACUGGGCCGAAACAGCGGGCUUUGACUAUAUCCAGCAGCUUGCCUUUGUCGACGACAUACAGUCCAUCAAGGUCGCCAUCGGUGGAAAUUACUUUGCCGUUUGCUGCAUUGCAGCCGUGCUGAAAUUUCUCGAACUCGGAUUGUCCAAGACUUUUGCUUUUCAUUCUCUUCGCCUCAAGUAUGAGCCCUCAGAAGGCUCGAUGAUGAUUGACAUGGCCACCGUGACUUCACUUGAGCUGAUUCAGAAUAUUGACAAGGCAAAGUCCAAGCAUUGCCUGUUCGGCCUCUUGAAUGAAACAUUGACGCCAAUGGGUCAACGACUCCUGCGAAGUAACAUUCUACAGCCUCUAACAGACCGAGAGACCUUGACUAUACGUUACGACGCGCUUGAGGAACUCACUACCAAAGAAGACAUGUUCUUUGGCAUCAGGGCCGCCUUGCAAAGCUUUCUUGACGUUGACAAGAUUCUCACGGCCCUGAUUGUAAUCCCAACCCGGCCGUCUCUCCACCAUAUGGAACAGUCAAUCAAUAAUAUCAUCAUGCUGAAACAAUUCGUCAAUGCUGUCAAUCCAGUUUACGAGGCUCUGGCCAGUGCACGAAGUUCCAUGCUUCUCCACAUUUGCGAAUUGUGCGCCCCGCUGAAUCUAGAUCCACUUAUCCAACUCAUAGAUACCGUGAUCAAUGAGGAUACCACUUACUCCAAACAGCCCCUUGAACUUCGCAAUCAAAGGACAUAUGCAGUCAGGUCGGGGAUCAACGGACUGCUGGAUGUCGCCCGUCAAACAUACAAGGAAGCCAACGAUGACGCUUAUGACCACGCCGCGCAGCUGGCUGAGGAGUAUCAGAUUCAACUCGAGCUAAAGUUUGAAAACUUGCGCCAGUUCCAUAUCAAAAUCCCUACAUCUGAGCUCGAGGACCGUGUACUGCCGCCUGUGUUUAUCAAUGUCUAUCGAAGAAAGCAAAUGAUUGAGUGCCAGACAUUGGAUCUGGUCAAACGUAACCAAAAAAUCGCUGAAUCUCACCAAGAGGUCUUGUUGAUGAGUGACAAGGCCAUACAGGACCUCAUCGAGGAGCUUCGGGGCCAUAUGUCGAUUCUGUUCAAGAUCUGUGAGGGCAUCAGCAUGCUCGACAUGGUGUCGUCCUUGGCGCACAUUGCCAUAACCCAGCAAUAUGUUCGUCCCCAGCUCACUGAUACCUUGGCAAUCAAGUCUGGUCGCCAUCCCAUCCUUGAGAAGAUUCAAGACGCCAAAUUCGUUCCCAACGACGUCUAUGCCACGCAGCAGACUCGCUUUCAGAUCAUUACCGGUUGCAAUAUGAGUGGCAAGAGCACCUAUAUCCGCUCUGUUGCCUUGAUGACAGUGAUGGCUCAGAUAGGCUCGUUCGUACCGGCCUCUUACGCCUCCUUUCCCAUCAUUCAUCAGCUUUUUGCUCGCGUAACCUUGGACGACUCCAUCGAAGCAAACAUGUCUACGUUUGCUGUCGAGAUGCGUGAAACAGCAUACAUUCUCCAUAACAUUGACAAACGGUCGAUGGCCAUCAUUGAUGAGCUUGGUCGAGGCACCAGCUCCCGCGAUGGGCUCGCCAUUGCCAUUGCCAUUGCCGAAGCUCUUGUCGACAGCCGCGCACUUGUCUGGUUCGCCACGCACUUUCGCGAUCUCGCCACGAUCAUGGCCGAGCGUAACGGUGUCGUCAACCUCCAUCUCGCUGUCGAGAUCAAGGCCAACGAGGAGAUGAAUAUGCUAUACAAGCUCUCGGAAGGCGCUGUUCAGGUCCAGCACUACGGUCUCGCUCUCGAACGAGUAAUGGCGCUACCACCCACUCUCAUUGAGCGUGCAACAUUCGUGUCAGAAAGGCUGGAGCAGCUCGCACAAGGACGCAAAAAGACGUCUGUAGCGGUCGUCAAAGAGCGACGAAGAAAACUCAUCUUGAACCUCAAGGAACACCUGCUGCAGGCCCAGGCCAGCGGCAUGGAUGGUCCUGUGCUUUCGGCUUGGCUGGCAAAGCUGCAACGAGAGUUUGCCGAGAGGCUGUCGGCGGUCGAGGAAGAAGUCAAGCAGGCCGAGAGAGACGAAAAGGAUGACGAAAUGAAUGAGGAUCAGGAUACCAGGAGCGGUGGUACGGAUGAAGAGAUGCUGGAUCGGGGCGAUAGAAAUGCGGAAGCUCAAUCAGGUAGCACACUGGGGUCAGAUUAGAGUUAGAAAUGAAAAUAU